AUAUAAUUUUAAUUUUAAUGAAUGUGUAAAAUAAUAUUGUAAAACUAAAACACGAUCUGAUUGUACCUUAAAUCGUCUAAAUCAAAGUGUAAGUGCGGUUGAACCCUUAAACAAUAACAAAAACCAAAGUUAUAUAAGAUUCGGAGCACAUUGAUUCAGUGAGGGUAUAAUGAAAAUAAACCAGUCCAGUAUAAAGAGAGCAUUCAAUCCUUCCCGACAUAGAAGAUUGACUUACUUAGUAUUAACAGUCUUUCUUUUGGUAGUAUGUUACAUACAAAUCUUACCUGGUGUGAAUCGUGAAUCUAGUAUCCGAGACUUCAACAUCAUAAGAAACCGGAAGUCAUUCGUCCACCCAGUAUAUGAACGGUGGAGUCAGCAACAAGAUUCGAUCCAUGAUCUUGAUUUCAAUACUAAAUGUGAAAAAUACUUUCAAGACUUGUCAUCCUUUCAUCAUGGUGAAUUUACUACUUUCCAAAGUCACGAUUUGGACAUUAUACUGAACAUAUAUAAGAAGAAGAAAUUUAUUCGAGAGCUUGAAAAACAGUGGAAGAAAGAGUUAUCGGCCAAAGGUGAACGAUUUAAUAAGGAAGUGCAUAGUGUUGAGAUAGAAAAAGUAUAUAAUGACAGAAGCUAUGCGUUAUCUGGAGAAGAGGCAAAGAUUGUUGAAGCUUUUAGUCACAUGAGAAUAUGGGGGAAAUGUUUUGUGGAAAGUGAUAUAAUAAAUUCAAACUACAAAUGGGCAGCUGAGUACGAACUGAAAUUGUAUCCCUGGUUAUCAGGUUCCUUGCCCAUGUAUGAGAACUUGAAGGGCCAAAAGCUUCCACCCAAUGAAUUGCCUAUAUAUGAUGAUCAAAAGAAGUUCAAGAAUCCUACUUCAGGGAUUAUACGGAACUUAGUAGAUAAGAGCAAUGGAAAAGGAAUUGUAAUCCCAGUUUUGCCGGAAGAUUUUCUGAAUGUGGGUAGGUUGAUUCGAGUUUUGAGAGUAUUGAAGAAUGAUUUGCCUAUUCAAUUACUAUCAUUGGGACCGAUACCUGAUUUACAAAAGCAGAAGUUUAUAGAUGAAGCUCAAACUAGUCGAACUUAUAUACCAGAUAGUGGUUUGGAAUACUUCAAGAAAUUGUUUAAUAUGGAAAUACAAUUUCCUCCUCAGGAUCUCUGGUUUGUGGAUAUGAGUCCCGCAAUUAAUUAUGAAAAACAUCCAAUUCUAUCUGAAGAUGACAGUUCAAUCCAUGAGCAACUGACAUUAAUUCAUACUUUAAGUACCAUAUUUCAUUCCUUUGAAGAAGCUGUGAUACUUUUACCGUCUGCUAUUCCCACUGUUGAAAUAAGCAAGUUCUUUGACCUUUCUGCUUAUAAAGAUCUGGGACACUUUUUCUUCAAAUUAAUUUCAAGUUAUGAAGAUAAUAGGGUCAAUAAGUUUAAUCCAGGAUUUCAUGAAAUCACAGAGUUAGUUGAAAAUUAUCUAACUCCUUCUAAACUUGAUACUGAAUUCUUUGGUAUCCCAAAACGUGAGCCUAAUGCUGACAUGACGCGUAUCUAUCGUCACAACUUCAGAAAGUUGAUUGAUCCCACUGUAAUGGUAUUAAAUAAAAAGAAAUCAUUGAAUGGAUUGUUAAGUGGACAUAAUUUCCUUCUCCAUAAUUUAUUUUCAUUAAGAUUUCCUCUUGGCAAAGAUCAAAUGAAUUUUGAACAUUUUUGGAUAGGGCAAGAACUAGCUGGACAUGUACCCACAUUUAAUAUCGAGUAUGCGGUUGGUGUUGGUGUUUUGACGCCUAGCAAAAAUAGACCGUUAAAUAUUGUUACGACAGCACAAGAGAUUUGUUCAUCAUCAUGGGGACAAAUUGAUAUUUUCACUGAAGAGCUUAUGUAUGUAACCGCUUUCCAGCUAGACAAUAUUGAUAAGAGCUUUGAUAAAUUCAUGGGAGUAUUAGAAAAGAAAUAUGUUGAAGUGGAUCGACAAAUAGUUUAUAAUGAUGAUGGGACAAAUAAGACCAUCGAGACAAUUGAUAGAAAAUUUUUCAAUACAAAAGUUAAACCUAAUCCGUUUCUCAUUGAGAGUGUUAUGAGAGUGCCAACAAUAUUACAACCAGUUUACAGUCAAGAUAUUGCAUUCCGUGAACCUAAUUUUGGAUGGAUUAGUCAAGAUAAUGGUGGAUCUAACUUCCCGUAUUGGUGUAGUUAUGAUGUUAUUGGGCAUUCAUACAAUGGAUUAAGAGGUAUAGUUAAUAAUAUUAGUACUGACACACUGAUGAAGUAUAAGUAUUUAUUUGAUAUUUGGAGGCAGCCAUUAUAGAAAUGCAUAUAAAAGCACUUUUUUUUUGCAACUUUUUCAUGCGCACAAAAUAUUUCGCUGCUACCGCACAGCUAAAAAUAUUGGACACGUAGACAGCAAAUUCAGAGCCGAUUAAUAAGGUCAUGUUAUAGA